AAUCAUGCGUAUUUGAUCAGAAUACUAUCAGAUCCUUGGGACAGCUGUACAGAGAACUACAUUGUGUCAUGGCUUUGUUAUGGGCGUACUCAAGGAUAUCAAAGAUUUCAUGGCUCGGUAUUUGUACACUUUAGAUGUUUGCUUUGCUGCCACAUGACUAUUGGUAACCCUUUAGUGCCGUAUUCAUAGCUGGCAUUGUGCUGGGGCUGCUUGUACCUGAACUUCCAAGCGUCUCGAUUUCUCCCUUUUUUUAAGUCUUUAAAUAGAAGUGGGGAGUUUCCAUUGCGCGCCUUCCCAGGGGUCUUUUUAAUUUGCACGGUUGUUUGCAGAAAGUAUAUUGGGCGCUGUACCUGGUAUCACCUGCCUCUCCAUACACCUUGGAUUUCUACGUUAGCAGCUGUGUUCAUCUCUCCUAAGAUCCUCCAGCGCCUGCCAAGGUGGUGAAAGCCAGUGCCAAUCGGCCUAGACGAGGCAGCAAGGUUGGAGACUUUGGUGAUGCCACCAACUGGCCAACGCCUGGAGAGAUUGCCCAUAAGAGCACACCGCCUCCUCAGAAACUACAGCCUGCCCGGAAGUCAUUCGGCAAGAAGGAGAUGAAAGAAGAGAGCGCCGAUGGGAAGGAGAACCAAAGAGUAAGAUCUGAUGAGUCCAGCGAGGAGAAGAACGGGGAUGACGACGGGCAGAGAUCAGCUCACAAAAAGAAAGGAAAUAAGCAUAAGUGGGUUCCCCUGCAGAUCGAAAUGAAGCCAGAAGGGCCUAGAGAAAAAACUGCUUCAAGGAACAAUCGUCAGAAUGAGCAGCAGCGUCAUGCCCUCAACAGGAGUGACCCCAAAGCUUGGUAUCCUGAUAACAAGCAGGAGAGGGACUGGCCUGACUAUGACGACACUUCCAGUGUGAAAAGUGAAGGUGCCAUCCGGGGCGGCUUCAGAGGAAGAGGCCGUGGACGGGGAAGAGGGAGAGGACGUGGCCGUGGGGGCACUCGCUCUCAUUUUGACUAUCAGUAUGGGUACAGGAAAUUUGAAGGAAGUGAUGGGCCCCGGGGACCGAAAUAUUCCAGUAAUAUCACCUACUACUAUGACAACACAAGCAGUUCUGAGCUGUAUGGUGUCGAUCAGGAGCUGCUGAAGGAUUAUAUCAAGAGACAGAUCGAAUAUUACUUCAGUGUGGACAAUCUACAGCGAGACUUCUUCCUGCGCAGGAAGAUGGACUCUGAGGGUUUCCUGCCCAUCGGGUUAAUAGCAAGCUUCCAUAGGGUGCAGGCUCUCACCACGGACGUUGGGCUUAUAGUCAAGGCACUAAAAAAUAGUACAGUUGUAGAAAUAAUCGACGAGAAGAUCAGGCGAAAAGACGAUCCUGACGCUUGGCCUCUGCCUGGCCCUUCUCUUACGGACUCUUCUCAGACGGACUUCACCCAACUGAUCAACUGCCCGGAGUUUGUACCAAGGCAGGGACACCAGAAGGAGACGGAAUCUGCGCCCGGCUCCCCACGGACUUCCAGCCCCACUUCAGCUAAUAAAACCGAGGAAGUCAGCAACCUCAAGACGAUGCCAAAAGGACUUUCUGCCAGUUUACCAGACCUGGACUCUGAGAGCUGGAUAGAGGUGAAGAAACGGCCAAGGCCUUCACCAGCCAGAUCAAAGAAGCCAGAGGAAGUAAAGCAGUCCGUACCGCAGACAACGCCCGCCCCAGUGACGACCCCCAAACCAUCCAAAGAGCAAGAUGAGCCCGAGGAGCUGGACUUCAUGUUUGAUGAGGAGAUGGAGCAGAUGGAUGGCAGGAAGAACACCUUCACUGACUGGUCAGAUGAGGACUCGGAUUACGAGAUUGAUGAUCGGGAUGUUAACAAAAUUCUUAUUGUCACCCAAACGCCACCAUCGUUGCGCAAGCAUCCUGGGGGAGACCGUACUGGCAACCACACGUCUCGGGCGAAGAUGAGCUCAGAAUGGGCCAAAGUAAUAAACGAUGGUCUGUUCUACUAUGAGCAGGACCUGUGGACAGAGCAGUUUGAGCCAGAGUAUUCACAGAUUAAGCAAGAGGUGGAGAACUUUAAAAAGGUGAACAUGAUCAGCCGGGAACAGUUUGACACUUUAACCCCAGAACCCCCUAUCGAUCCAAAUCAGGAAGUUCCACCCGGACCUCCAAAAUUUCAGCAAGUUCCCACAGAUGCCUUGGCUAACAAGCUGUUUGGUGCUCCUGAACCCUCCUCUAUUGCCCGCUCCCUACCAACCACAGUCCCAGAAUCUCCAAAUUACCGCAAUGCCCGUACGCCACGUACCCCAAGAACUCCCCGGUUGAAAGAUCCCACUCUUACGCCUCGGUUUUACCCUGUUGUGAAGGAGGGCAGGACAAUUGAUGCCAAGACACCAAGAAAAAGAAAAACGCGUCACAGUUCUAAUCCACCCAUGGAGUGUCACGUUGGGUGGGUGAUGGAUUCUAGGGAACAUCGACCACGAACUGCCUCUGUGAGCUCUAAUGCCAGUCCCUCUGAGGGUGCUCCGUCUUUAAGCAACUAUGGAUGUACACCUCAGUCUCUGCCAAAGUUCCAACAUCCUUCUCAUGAGCUGCUGAAAGAGAAUGGAUUCACACAACACGUUUACCACAAGUACCGCAGACGUUGCCUUAAUGAGAGGAAACGGCUAGGCAUUGGCCAGUCCCAGGAGAUGAACACGCUCUUCCGUUUCUGGUCUUUCUUCCUUCGAGAUCACUUCAACAAGAAGAUGUAUGAAGAAUUCCGGCAGCUUUCUGUAGAGGACGGAAAGGAAGGCUACAGGUAUGGCUUGGAGUGCCUUUUCAGAUAUUACAGUUAUGGCCUAGAGAAGAAGUUCCGAGUCGACAUAUUCCGGGACUUCCAGGAAGAAACCAGGCGGGACUAUGAGACAGGUCAACUGUAUGGACUUGAGAAAUUUUGGGCCUUUUUGAAAUAUUCCAAAGCCAAAAGCCUGGAUAUUGAUCCAAAGUUGCAGGAAUACCUGAGCAAAUUCCGCCGGCUAGAAGAUUUCCGAGUAGAUCCACCAAUGGGAGAGGAUGCAGGCUCCAGGAGACGUUCCUCUCUGUCUGCAGGUGAAGGUAGGAGGAGAUAUCCUUCUCAGUCUUCCAGCAAAGGAUCAGGUCACCAGUCAUCUAUCACCACAAAGGAGGACGCCAAAGGCCAAAGCCAACCCUCAUCUGUCACCUUGGAUUCAGAAACAUCUGGAGGAGGAAAAUAGAGAGCUUGGAAAGAAUGAUGAUUUUUGGGGGGGAUGGGUGAACAUGUGGGAGAUUUCCUGGCCGUGGGGUGGAAUGUAUGGUUCGCAAACAUUUUGACUUCCCUCCACUUCCUAUCGGAAACAAUGAUCCAAAAAUCAGAGACUCCACAUUCUGGAGAAAACGGACUGAUCCCAUGGCUUUCCUGCAAGGGUGGCGGAUGCUUAUCCCAAAAGAAGAAAUUUUUAGUUUGCUUAGGGAUAUAAAAUUUUAGUUUUUCCUUUUUAAGCAGGAACCUGGAGGAGGGGCUCAUGUUGGGAGGGAGAAUUUUUUAUUUUAAAUUUUUUUUUUUCUUUUAAAUUAUUGAAAUGCUGCCCUCCCUUUGAGCAGGGGGCUGCCUGGGUGGCAGAACAAGUGCAGGCCUCAUCUCUGCUCUCAAUGCUAAAUGGGCUACCAGAAUUUUGCUGUUACAGGCUUCGAAAGGACAAGAUGUAAUCAUCCUACACAUCUUUGCUUUGAAAUCCAUUGGGGGUCCACUUGCCGUCGUCCUGUAGCUCUGAAAAGGAUUCUUCCCUUUGCAGCGUUGGAGGAUCUAACAGUUGUCCACCAGAUGGCUCUGUGUCUCUCGACUUAAUUCAAUCCUACAGCAAAAUCUUUCAAAAUAACGCCUACCCACAGCUCAUUGCUUUCACGACAACCCUGCGUUUUUUUUCCUUUUUAAAGAUAUAUAUAUAUUUUUAUUUGUUUUGUUUUUAUUGUUACUUCAGACUGUGAAAGAGAAAACUACAGAGAACUUUAUUAGCAAAUGGCUGCAUAAGAAAAAUGGGGAAAAAAAACUUUAAAAAAAAAACAAAAAAAAAAUAAAAAACAAAAAACUGCCUUCACUUUCCCUUUAAAACUAUUGUAAGCGAUGAUUAAACAGAGUACAAAAAGUUGCCUUAUUGUAACCUUGAAACUUGCAGAGAGCUGUCGGUUUCCUUUCCCCCCC